AAAUUUUGCCGAUGCCUUUUUUUCAUAGUGUUACUGAAUAUCGUUUUGAGAUUACAAAAUGGAGGGAAAUCUGGAGUCCAAAAAGUGGAGACUUGAGAUGACCGGAGUCAACCCUAAGAUACAGAGAAGCCAUCCAUGGGAAAGAUUUUCUAUCAUCAUUCGCAAAUUUUGCGACAGAUGCAAAGGGCAACGAGAAAUUUCUGGCAUCAUUUCGUUGCAGAUAUCAACUUCUAGACCUAACCGCGCCCGACCUAGAGAAGUAGGUCAUCGGUUCCACGAGUCGAGCUCGGCUCACCAAGGUGGUACGGUCGAUGCAAGAGGCAGGACAAGACGCGGUCAUGAAUUCUUGGAUCCUUAAAGCGGUGCGGAAGAAUGUACAUAUGCUGUCCAAGUUUUCAUUUUGAGAUAAUGAAAGCUCACAAGGAUGCAUCUCCAGUCUGCAGCGGCGGAAGAUCAAUGCGGUAUAAAAAUAUUGUCAAAAUCGCAGAGUCGAAAUUUCGAUCGAGGCAUCAAACGAGUCCCGAGAUUACGCUUGAAGAUGCACCAAGUACAAUGUCUGCAAUCCCUACAUGUUUUUCGGUGUGCGUCAUUGUUGUGAACAGCUUAUUUUGUGUUUUACCUUUCUUUGUAACCAUCACCUCAAGUCUUUAGAGUAAUGCUAAAAAGCCUAAUCCAGAACAAGAACAGUAUGACGUAAGGAGGCUACAGAACAAAGGAUGAAUAUAUGGGACUCAUGGCCCAUGUUCCUGGCAAGACAUGACUCCGGAGCGAAAAUCGAGGCAGCCUAGUGCUACUGAUAGUGCCCUAGUGACAUUUGAUGACAGACAUGGAUGAUUAUUACACCCAUGGCGAGCCAGCGAGCGGGCCAGCCUUUUGCCUGCUCGCUGCAGUGGGCGACGACGACGGUGGACCGGUGGCCAUGGGCUGCGCUGAGGUGAAGGGGUUGGAAGGAGGUCGGACAGUCCCUGUCCGACUUUCUUUCACCUCAGACGACGCCAUGGGCUGAGUCUGGAGGCCGGAAUCUCUCCAGAUGUGGAGAGAGGAGAGAUGCGAGUUCUGCCUCGCCUUCUUCUUCUCUCUCUUCGACAUCUCGUCGCCUUCUCUUGCACGGGCACGACGGGCGUGGGCGAGAGAGAGAGAGAGAGAGGCGCGUCUGGGACCCGCCGGCCAGCCUCGUCGUGCACUUUCGCUCGGCCCUGCGUCUAGAGCUGUGAAAAGACGAGAGGGCUUCAACUGCGAAGCAACUGGGACGGUGGAUGCGAUGGACCGCGGUCAUGAUCAGUCAGCAGCAGAGCGGACACAGCAGCCUUCCUCGUCCCUGUCCUUGCACAGCACCGCUCGCUCGCUCGCCCUCCCUCAGGGGCUGAUCAUGACGGGCCCAGCCGAGCCAGCUCUCGGCCGGAGUCCCGUCCCUUGUGCCCUAUACGAGGCUGCUCGACCGUAGACUACUCGAGUUGUCUCCAUGGCACACGCUGGCGCUCGAAUGCGUCGAUCCAGAUACGCAAUUCGUCUUGCGGGUCGGUAAUUAUUUACAGCACGCAGACAAAGGUCUGGCCGCAUUGACCACUCGGGCCUGCACUCUGCGCGGCCUGAAUUCCUGUUGUGGAAAUUGGGAACUUGACGGCAGCAGUUUGGUUUGCACGGAUUGUGGUCUUGUCUGCUUGCCCAAUCAAUCGCUGAAUCGAUCGGUGAGUAUCAGAUUUGCGCGAGCGAGCCAGGAAGUGUAAGUGUGCGUGUUGGGAGUCGGGAGUCGGGAGUCAUGCACUGUUGGUCUGGUGUUUGUGGGCUCUUUAUGAGGUCCCCGGGCUGGCCACCGUGUGGGCGAAGGAGAGGCCCGAGGAUUCGUUGGUUUGCCUCGUUGGGUAGUAAGUAGUUUGGUCGAGCUCGGACUCUCGGAUUAGCAGUUCAAAGAUCCAUUUUUCGUUCACUCGAGCAUUCAAUCAAAAUCUGCCUCCACAAUCGCCCUUUUCGAUCCACACAGUGAGGCUGGACUGCUGCUGCUGCUGCCCUCGGCGUCGUGGUCGCUUAAAGUGUGGCAAGCUUGUCUCCGCACUCCUCGGAAUUAGCGCGCGCUCGAUUCACCAUAAUUCCUCGUCCAUCGAGUAAACCCGAGCUCCGCACUGGCUUUGAUCCCCUCACUACUCCGCCAUUCAUCUUCCCCACGCGACCAGCACGAGUUUCGAGAUCUGCGCUCCGUGAAAUCGCAGUACUGUCUGAAUUCUCGAACGCAGAAAUUGUUGUCACGACGGUACGCUCGAGCCAUCGGAAGAGUGCGCUGCAUGCCGAUAGCAACCAAAUACUUCACGUGUUCGAUGCCAUAACCAGAUCACGAUAUCCUUGCAGCUUUGUCUCUCUCGCUCCAGAUCGAGCUGCUAAAAGCGAAAUUUAAGUGUCUCG